AUGGAGUUCGACUGGCGGCCGAUACCGGCAGCACCAGAAUAUGAUUAUCGGGUAAGGCAUGCCAAGGAGUCUGACAUCCUCGACUUGCCGGGCGAACAGGAGUAUGUUUGUGAAAUCAGAUGGCCUCCUUUGAAGUCCCAUAUUGGUGGUGUUCAAGCAGACUAUGGUAAAGCCAUGAUUGCUCGAUUAAGUGAGAGUCAGAGGGAUCUAUUGGAGAAGGAG